CCCGGUAAAUGAGGGCCUCUACUUAUAGGAGCAGUUACUGGUUCUUUCUGCCGGCGACGGUUGCAGCGAAACUUGAAAAAGCAGCGCGAGACGCGGCCAUUUUGGCCACCUCCGGACUUUUUAUAAUAUUAGACUAAAGUUUCUCCUGUUAUCUACUUCUUAGCAUCAUGGCAUUGUCAAGAAUCAUAAAAUCCAAUCAAACUCUCGUCAAAUCAAUCAAACUAAUCCCACCGAAUUCUUCGUUACUGCAUUCCUGCAAAAGCCCCCUGUUUUUCCCCUCAAAUCAGCGAAGAUCCAUUUGUGCAAAGCAUCGAAACGACAAUUUCCUCUCGUCCGAUCAGAUCAACAUCUCAAAUGCCUUCAUUUCAAUCUUAAUCAAACAACCUUUUUCACCAAAUAAUCCAGAGCUCAACAACCUCGUACCUCUACUCACCCACAAAAUCGUCGAAUCCGUUCUAAACAACCUCAAAAACUGGAGACUAGCUCAGCAGUUUUUCACAUGGGUUUCAAGUCUACCUGGUUAUAAGCAUAACAUUUAUACUUACAAUGCCAUGGCUUCUAUUCUAUCACGUGCUCGACAGAAUGCCCAACUGAAGGCUUUGGCUUUGGAUGUCGUCGAUUCCAAUUGUUCUAUGAAUCCUGGGGCAUUGGGAUUUUUUAUUAGGUGUUUGGGGAGUGUUGGGUUGGUGGAUGAAGCUAAUAACUUGUUUGAUCAGGUUCAAAGGAUAGGUCUUUGCGUACCGAAUAGCUAUAGCUAUAAUUGUUUGUUGGAAGCUUUGUCUAAGUCUAAUUUGAUUGAUUUGGUUGAAAUCAGAUUGAAGGAGAUGAGAAAUUUGGGGUUGGAAUUUGAUAAGUACACCCUGACCCCAGUUUUGCAGGUUUAUUGCAUUGCCGGGCAGUUUGACCAGGCUUUGAGUGUGUUCAAUGAGAUGCUUGAAAGGGGAUGGGUGGAUGAACAUGUUUUGUCCAUCUUGGUUGUUGCCUUUAGUAAGUGGGGUGAAGUCGAUAAGGCAAUUGAACUGAUAGAUCUAAUGGAAGAGCGUGGUAUGAGGUUGAAUGAGAAGACAUUUUAUGUUCUGAUUCAUGGAUUUGUGAGGGAAUCUAGAAUGGAUAAAGCUCUUUGCUUGUUCGAUAAAAUCCGGAAAUUGGGAUUUUGUCGUAGUGUUUCACUUUUUGAUGUGAUGAUUGGAGGGCUUUGUAAGAAUAAUGAGCGCGAGAAAGCAUUGUCUUUAUAUUCAGAAAUGAAAGAGUUGGGAAUUGAUCCUGAUUUUGGGAUACUGACAAAGCUGAUAUAUUCUUUUUCUGAAGAAGAAGAAGAAAUGGACCGGUUGCUUCAACAAUGCUGGGAAGAUGUCGGUUCACAACCUAAGAACCUGCUUUUCAAUUCCGUUCUGGAAGGUCUUGUUCGCAAUGGCUCAAUAGAUACAGCUUGUAAUCUUAUCCAAUCGGUAAUGGGGAACAACAGAAAUGGUGGUAGUGUCCUUGUGAAGUACUUUUUGAAUGAAAAGGAAGUAGUUACCCUUAAUACUAACUCAUUUACUAGUGUUAUCAAUGGCUUGCUUGGUGCGGGUAAGGUGGAUAUGGCACUCUGUCUCUUCCGAGAGAUGGUUCAAUUUGGUUGUAAUCCAACUUUAUCGCAUUGUAACAAUUUGAUUGAUGCACUGUGCAAGUUAAAUAGACUGGAAGAAAGUUAUGAACUUUUGAGACAGAUGAAGGAAAUGGGACUUGAACCAACCCAUUUUACUCACAACUGCAUCUUUGGGUGUCUUUGUCGGCUAGAAGAUGUUGAAGGAGCAGUUGAACUGGUGAGAAAGAUGCGCUUUUAUGGCCAUGAACCAUGGAUAAAGUAUUCUACCUUGCUUGUGAAGAACUUGUGUAAACAUGAGAAGGCGGUGGAAGCUUGCAAAUUUCUCACUGAUAUGGCACAAGAAGGUUUUCUUCCCGAUAUAAUUACCUAUUCUGCUGCUAUAAAUGGUUUGAUCAAAAUUAAAUCAGUUGAUAAGGGUUUGGAGCUAUUCCAAGAAAUCUGUGCUCGUGGGUAUUGUCCUGAUGUAAUUUCUUAUAACAUACUUAUAAAAGCGCUCUGUAAGGCCAAAAGAGUUGCAGAAGCUGAGGGUCUUUUGAAUGAUAUGAUGUUGAAGGGGCUUGUUCCCUCUGAGGUCACAUAUAAUUAUUUGAUAGAUGGAUGGUGCAAAAAUGGUGAGAUUGACCGAGCUAUGCUUUGCCUUUCCAAGAUGUUCGGAAAAGAGAGAGAGGCAAAUGUGAUUACUUAUGCAACUUUAGUUGAUGGAUUGUGCAAUUUUGGAAGACCUGAUGAUGCUCUAAAGCUAUGGGAUGAAAUGGGUAGAAAAGGAUGCAUUCCCAACAGAAUUGCUUACCACACUCUCGUCAAUGGACUUUGCAAGUGUGGUAGAUCCUCUGCUGCUUUAGUUCAUUUCAAUGAGAUGAAAGAAAAGGAAAUGAGACCUGACAGCUAUAUCUAUAUAGCACUAAUAAGUGCUUUUCUAUCAGACACAAACUUACCUUGUGUUCUCGAUAUGUUAAAAGAGAUGGUCGAUGUAGGAAAUUUACCAGAUCCACUAGAUAAGAACUUCCCUAUCAUAAGAGGUGCAAUUUGUAAAUUGUUAGAAGACGCCAGAACGUCUUUUAGCAUAAAACACCUUAUAGCCGAGGGCAAGAUCCCAGAUGUUAGUCUCUUGGAAGGAGUUGAAGGUAGACAUGAGCCCUCUAUAUGAUCCUUUUCUGUCUCGCAUCAUCUAUAUCUGGUGUUAUGUUUUCAGAUCCAGCAACCCUAAACCCUUCGCCGUUGUUAAUUGGAACUUUAAUCUUGAAUCCUAAUACUGCUUGAUGGCAUUCGACUGACAA